CGUCCAUCCAUCCCCACACACACACUCGCCCUGGUGCAGUGUGUGAGUGAUCAGUCAGAAGAAGAGCAGCUCUCAGUCAUUGUCUGCCUGCCUGGCUUCUCUGCUCAGGCUGGAUCUGAUUCCUGACAGGGAGCGGCCAGCCAUCGCCCGGAGCAGGAAGAAGAGGCCACACAACGCUGAUUCAAUUUUACACUGGAGUCACCCAGAAACAAACCAACCGAUCCUUAACCACCCAGAGAAGAAAAAUAGAAGGAAAAAAAAGACGAGGGGAAAAGAAGUGAUGGCUUUUGCCGACAUUGGAGAGGACCAGGAUGACCUAAAUGAAGUGAUGCGUGAGGAGAUGGAGGACGUCUUCAUCUAUGAUGGAGUGUCGUCCCGCGUCCCAGAGAUCAUGGCGGCUGGAACCCACUCCCCCGGGGGACCCAAUGGGAUCAUCCGGAGCCAGUCCUUCGCCGGCUUCAGCACGCUGCAGGAGAGACGCUCGCGGUGUAACUCGUUCAUGGGGAACUCUGCGGUGCAGAAGAAGCCCACGUCCAAGCCUAAGAAGCCCCAUCUGUCAGGGCACAAGGCCAGCAGCGGCUCCAGAGUGCCCCAGCCCAAGAGGGUGGAGGAGGUGUACGGGGCCCUCAAACAAGGCCUGGAUGAGUAUCUGGAGGUAUACCAGACUGAGCUGGAUAAACUCACCGCUCUGAUGAAGGACAUGAAGAGGAACUCCAGACUGGGAGUCCUGUACGAUCUUGACAAGCAAAUCAAAACCAUCGAGAGGUAUAUGAGGCGGUUGGAGUUUCAUAUGAGCAAGGUGGAUGAGUUGUAUGAGGUGUUCUGUAUCCAGAGGAAGCUGAGAGAGGGAGCCAGUAAGAUGAAGCAGGCCUUCUCUGCCUCUCCCUCCACCAAGGCCACCAGAGAGAGCAUAUUAGAGGUCAACCGCAGAUACAAGGAGUACACAGAGAAUAUGAGCACGUUUGAGGUGGAGCUGGAGAACCUGUUGGGGGAAUUCCAUAUCAAAAUGAAAGGUCUUGCUGGCUUUGCUCGUCUGUGUUCAGGAGAUCAGUAUGAGAUCUUCAUGCGGUAUGGGCGUCAGCGCUGGAAGCUGAAAGGGAAGAUAGAGGUGAACUCCAGACAGAGCUGGGACGGAGAAGAGAUGGUCUUCACGCCCCUCAUCACAGACCUCAUCAACAUCAAAGUUACCGAGCUGAAGGGUUUAGCCACUCACAUCCUAGUGGGCAGUGUGAUCUGUGAGACCAAGGACCUGUUCACGGCCAUGCCUCAGGUGGUGGCUGUCGAUGUCAACGACCUGGGAACAAUCAAACUCAAUCUGGAGGUCACAUGGUUUCCGUUCGAUGUGGAGGACCUGACCCUGUCUUCAGGCAACGUGAGCAAGGCCACCGCCCUGCAGAGACGGGUGUCUGUCUACAGCCAGGGCACGCCAGAGACACCCACCUUCCAGGACCAGUCCUUCUUUGAGUGGCACCCCCGCCCCUCCCCAACCCAGCAUCGCUUCUCCUUCUUCCACGCCCUGAGGAACUCCCUGUUAGAGAAGCUGAGACGCAGUCGCUCCUUUGGCGACCUGGCCUCCCUCCGCCCCAGGCCCAAGUCCAGGCUGGAGGUCUAUUCCACCCUCCCCGACGACGUCUUUGAGAACGGUGGGUGUGGCAACUCGUGCAAGCGCCUCUCCUUCACCUUUUCCGAUACGUCAGUCUCCUCUCUCAGCCCAAGCCUCGCGCCCGGCCAGUCCAACCCCGAAAUCACUGUCACGCCGCCUGACACCAACCAUUGGCCUCAAAUACCCCCCAGGGAAGACAAAGGGGUAGAAGAGACGGUUCGGGUGCAUGCAGACGUAGUGGAAGAGGAGGGUGAGGAGGAAGAGGAGAGUGGUGACAGCGGCGGUAGCGUGAGUGUUAGCCUGGUCAGCGAGGAGGUGGAGUCAGAGUGGGAGAGGGCAGAGUUCCAGCUUAACGCAGGUUCUUCCUCUCUCUGCUCGGAGAGCCAGUUGUCAGCUGUGGCUCCUGAGGAUGUGUUCCUGGACCACGCUGGGUCUGACAGGGAUGGAGAUGAGGACGACAGCUCGGAGCUGCUGAAGCCCGUGGAACUGGACACUGAAGAACCAGGCAGCUUGACCAGGCAACUGGUGAGGAGGCUGACGUCGUCCGACAUUCUGCCCGAGGUGGUGGGUCUGAGCUGGGCCGGGGAGGGAAGCAGGGCCUUCCUGGAGAGCAGCCUGGAAGAGGCCCUGCACAGCCUGCUGCUGAGGCUGGAAUCACUGAGACAACGCUGUAGAGAGCUGCAGGACCUGGAACAGGAAGUGAUGCGCCUGGAGGACCUGCUCAAAUGUCGUCUCCCGGGCCACAGGAGCAGGUCGUCCAGCCUCAGCCUGACAGUUGAGAGUGCUCUGGAGAGCUUUGACUUCCUCAACACCUCCGACUUCGACGACGAUGACACGGGUGAUGACCAUGCCCUCCACCACUCUGUGUUCUUUGACAUGGAGGUGGAGAGGAUUGGGCCUGGAGGCCAGCACCCAGAGGCCAGGGGCCACCUGAGUGAAGCCCUGACGGAGGACACCGGGGUGGGCAACAGUGUGGCCGGCAGCCCCCUGCCUCUCACCACCGGCAAUGAGAAUCUGGACAUGGCCAUCGUCAUUCAUCUGCAGUACUGCGAUCAUCUCAUCCAGCUCCUGUCCAGUGGAGGGAGCCCUUGGCAGCGUAGAGCCCAGCUCCAGAAGCUGUCAGCUCAGACUCAGCUGUUAGAGGAUCUUGGAGAAUUCAGCACAGAACACCUGGGGAGCAUCACCUCGGCUGCUGACGUGCUCCCAGGGCUGGCAGAGCGGCCAGGGCUGAUGGCUCUGUGGUCAGAGUGUAGUGGUUCUGGAGGACAGUUUCACACUACGCUGGACCGGGUGCUUAAACACAUGCACCACAGCUACACCAGUCCACUGCAGGAGAGGCACCCACACACCACAGCUGAAACAGUGAUCUGGCUGGUGGUGAGUGAGAUGGUGGACAGGAGUGAACUGGCCUCCCCUCCUCCCUCGGCCCUGUCCCAGGACGUCCUCACAGUGUUCCAAUUCCACAGCUACGUCUCAGAGCACAGUGUUGGGGACAUGGAGGAACACCUACUGCGGGUGGCCAGAGAGGCUGUGUUUGCGGAAGGCCUGAGCAGCGGCGACUCGGCGCGUUGUCUAAAGGAAUUAGAAGAGAUGUCACACACCGGCCUGUGUCCCCAGUUGCAGACUCUCAGGGCCCUGGCCUCCCUCCUCUCCCACAAAGACCCCCAGCUCAGCAAGGCCGCAACUGCCUACAUCACUUCCGCUGCCUCUCACACACCCUUUAGGUCAAAGGCGGUGGACUGCUACACACAGUCCUUGUCGGAGGGGGGAGUUCUGACCCAAAGGUCUGCCUGCGCUGCUCUCAGUUGUCUACAGGCAGUAGAGAGUAUCCGAGCGGUGGUGUUGCUGUGUGACUCGGCAGACGAGGAACUUCACCACAUUGCCAUAGAAACCCUGCUCACCUUGGGAGAGGAGGGGCGUCUGGCRUAUGAGCAGCUGGACACGGUGCCCAGGGAGCUGGUACAACUGGGGACACGGCGAGGGAACGCUGUCACCACCGCCUUCUGAAAGCACAGGUCUAAUUAACUUAACCUAGGAGCAGCAUAACCACAGGAGGGGGACAACCCCCCCCCAACAGAACAACCUGUCCUGGCCUCCCUCCACUGCGCCUGAACAUGCAUUUGAAUGGACACAGCUAGGGGGAGGGGCCUGAUCAAAGCAGAGGAGCCCAACUAAUCAUCAAAGGGCCACAUGUCUCAUCCUUCUCAACAGACUGGUCUAAAUCCUAGCUGUCCACUGACCACCACUAUUAAGCAAUCUCUCACUGCACAGACAGAGCCUAUUUACUAUCAUAACUAUUAUUAUGAAUCUUAUUAUCACGGUUGUGUUUGACAUUGUUAUAAUCAGUAUCACAGUUAUGAUUGCUUUAUAUAACUGCUAUUAAUUAUUUGUUUUAGUAAGUGACGUUCACAUUAGUCGACGGCUAUUUGCGCUUUUCGAAUUGCACUGUGGCAGGCAUGUAAAUAUAAUAGCACAGCAUUAUACUCUGUGUGAUAAUGAGUGACGCAUCUAAAUGGAUUGAGUUGGUGUUUUUCUGGUAUGCACCGUUGAGUUUCAGGGAUUUUACAAGACAGUUUGAACACUUUCUGUCAGUGUGUCAUGGAUGAGAAGUCAGAAGACAGAUUCAGGUUGCUCAGGAUGAGGUAGUUAAGCAAUGUUCGCAAUCUCACGUCAUCAACAUGCAAAAAGAGGAGGACGGUGUCUUACCGGCCAGCAAUAUCCUCACGUCAUCAACAUGCACAACGUGAAGAGAGAAUCAUAUACUUGGACUGCUUAAUAAACUCUUCUACCCACACAUGCCUGGGAUCUGCAUUCAGAGUUUGAUUGAAUGUCUGCUUGCUGAGAACUGAUUUGAGAUCAGUUGUUUAAGCCACUGGAGAUUGAUCAGAAUCUAUUGUUUUGGAAGCAGGUUGGCCUCCAUGCAUGUGCCCAUUAAUACAUGUACUGCUCUUUUCAUCCUAUUGGUACUAAUGCAGUCUAGGAGUGUGUUAGUUAGGUAAUGUUAGUGAGAAAGGAGAAUGUAAGUGCUCCAUAACGGUACAGAUCAGAACCAAGGGGUUUGUUGGGAUGUUGCCGAGGCUAUAGUGCUCCGUAUAGCUUCUUAUGCCUAUUGUAACUAUACUACUGAGUCCGUGGCUUCUUUGCCACGACAACAAAACAUGUUUGUUUCUCGACCUAAUUUAUUAUUUUAUUUACACGUCACAUUUUGGAUUCUAAUAUUCUUUAAUUUGCAUUAACUUUUUUGAGUAAGAGGGCAGAAUGCAGAUACUAGUAAAAUAGCUGUAUAUUUGUUUCAUAUCCUGCUUCUGGUUGACAUUUGAAAUAUUGGCCUCAAAUUCAUUUUGGGAAUGAUCUUGCUUAUCUCUUAUGGAAUUUGUUUAUACGUUUAAAGGAAAAAUCCACUCAAACUAUAUUUUGGGACCGUAUCAACAGUAGACUAAUGAAAACAAAUACCAAAAAGCUGUUUGAGUGGAUUCUUCCUUUAAGUAGAAUGGAUGGCUGAUAUUAUUUGGAGAGGAUUUGCCAAUAUCAUAUAGCUUUGCUCCAAAUGGGACAGUAGAUAUUAGAGAAUGUUACUUUAUUACACAAGUGACUUAUAACCAAAGUUAAAGCCUGAAUUUAAGAAAAUCAACUUUAGUAAGAAUKAAUUAUGAACCUAUCUGCAACCUGGCCUCUACACCCAGACUCACCUGAAAAGCACAACAAUAUUAAUCAAUGUUAUCUAAAUGAUCAUCUCAAUCCUGUGACAUUACAUCGGGUUCUAACUAAUUGCACACUCUCCAAAAGCCAUAGCGAUGAAAAAGGUGUAUUUAAGGCAGUAAUAUGUGUGAUAAUGUCAUUUUUUUCUUUUGUAUAUUAAAGCUGUAAGUGUGAGUUGUUAAAUAUGGCUUUUUGUUUUUCUAUGUGAAAGUGUGGCCUUGUGUUCUCUGAACAUGGUCUAUACUUUGAGUAACAAUGUGCCUGUUUCUCCCAUGAUGUGAAUAACAUUACAGUAUUUUGGUAAGAUGAUACUCGUUACUUCAAGAACUAAUCUAACAACAUCCUUGUUGUGUUCUCCACGAGGCCUCUGCUUUCUUUCUACUAGAAGUGACCAGUGUUGUGAAUUGACAUUUUGCUUCUAUUCCAAUCCAAGUCAUCAGAUUAAACACGUAGGUCAAAUAUUUCAACGUUGUUUGAUAUUCAUCAUAUUUUAUGUAACCACACAUGAUUUGCAUUAUAUCUUUACAUUAUGGUGAACCUUGGACUUGGAACAGAAAGCACACGGAAAGGUCAUGUCACAUAGCUUCAGUAGACUGCAUUAUAUUAUUUUCUCCUUUUGGUUUACAGUAUUUCUCCUGCUCAAUGAAAGUGGCAAUAAAGUUUAUUUUUGCAUAAUUAUGAAAA